UGUGUGACGCGCUGUGAGGUCCUUAGGUCUUCCAAGAUGGCUGCUUCCAUAGCCAAGCUACUGAAACCCUGGAGCCCUAGCGUUUUUCAGGCGAGAUGGGGAAGGUACAACCCUUAUUACCUGGAGCCCGAGCCGGACAAGGAGAAGUACCUCACCCCGGCGUCGGAGCUGUCGGAGCAGGAGAAGCAGGAGAGAGAACUGAAGGCUGUCAGACCGAUUAAAGCAGCUCCUGCUGGGAUCACCAGCUCUGUCUUUAACGACCCCGUUAUCAGUAAAUUUGUGAACAUGAUGAUGCAAGAUGGUAAUAAAGUCCUGGCCAGGUCUAUCAUGACAAAGACCCUGGAGAACAUAAAGAGAAAGCAGGUGGAGAAGUUUCACAAAGCGCCAGCCGCACAGAAGGAUGAGAUCGAGUGCAACCCAUACGCCAUCUUCCACGAAGCUCUGAAUAACUGCAAACCUGUGAUUGGCCUAACAAGCAUUCAGAGAGGAGGCAAGUUCUACCAGGUGCCCACCCCUCUCACGGACAACCGGCGGCGCUUCCUGGCCAUGAAGUGGAUGAUCGUGGAGUGCCGGGACAACAAGCACCGCCGCACCCUGAUGUACGAGAAGCUGUCCCAGGAGCUCAUGGCGGCCUUCGCCAACGAGGGCAACGUCAUCAAGAGAAAACAUGACCUGCACAAGAUGGCCGAGGCCAACCGAGCCUUCGCGCACUUCCGCUGGUGGUAGUGGGUGCCAGGAAAAUACCCGCACGCAAACUGCCACAGGGUGCCCUUUCCGUGUCGUGGAGGAGCUGCCCAUCACCCUCGGACAGUCUGGACCAUUUGAGCAUCAGGUUUCUUCACUGUGGACCUCAAGCCUUGUGCUGGAUGGAGUGUGUUCUUUGUGAUUUUAGAAGUAUUUGCCACUGUUCCCCUUGAUUUACGAUUAUAAUAUUUUGACCUAGGAAUAAACACAGUAAAUGGUACGCCAUC